CAACGUUACAGCACUGCAAGGAUAGCUGCAGCGGCUGUUCCAUCUCCAUGAUGCAGGGGUGGACCAGUCCUUCAUCGACACUCUCCCAGUCUUUCUCUACAGAUCCAUCAUAUGCCUCGAGGACCCAUUCGAUUGUGCUGUCUGCCUCUGUCAGUGUGAGGCUGAUGACAAGCUCAGGUUGCUCCCAAAGUGCAGCCAUGCCUUCCAUGUACAGUGCAUAGAUACUUGGCUCAUGUCCCACUGCACCUGUCCUCUUUGCACAAGAAGCCUUCUUCCCGACCUCUCUCCCACCGACAGUUUUGGUCCCGUAGUCCUUGUUCUUGAGCCUGGAAGUGAGAGCUCAAGAGAGACUGCUUCUGAGAGGGAGGACUCUAUGCCCAAUAUUGACCUUGGUUCUAAUGGGGACGAAGACACUGGGCCUUCCAUCGUCCACACUUCCCAAAGGCCGGUGGAGAUGGCAGAAAGGGAAGAAGUUGGUAUGGCACUGCCAGUUUCAGAGGCUUCGGAGACAAAGGUAGUGCCCGUCAAACUUGGCAAGUUUAGGAGCGUGUAUGUCGGUGAAGGAAGCAGCACUGCCAACGGUAACUUGGACCAGAGGAGGUGCUUCUCCAUGGGUUCGUACGAGUAUGUGAUGGAUGAUAGGGCAUUGCUUCAGGUUCCCAUCAAACCACCAAAGAUGAAGCCCGAGCACCGGUUUGCGGUGUCGAAGUUCGGUUGCCAUUCGAGAAGGGGUGUGUUUAAAGGAUCGGAUGCACUGAGAGCUACAGAAUUCAGAGGUGAUGUUGGUAAUGUCGGUAUCAGCAGUCAUCUGCACAUGAAAGAGAGCUUCUCGGUUUCCAAGAUAUGGCUUCAGUCCAAGAAAGAGAAAUCUAUGGCCGGGGAUUCUUCCCGGCGGGCCCUUUCUUUCAGGACUGGCGAUGAAUUGUAUCUAAUAAACGGUAUCAGCCAUGCUGCUACUCCAUCUGAAUUAGAUCCCACAGCUGGGGAGAAGAGUACAAGUGAAGUAGAUUUAGAUGUGGAGGUAGGAAGAUGCAACGACGGCGUCGGAUCUUGGUCUGAUGGGGCAUUCUCAUUUGCCAGGAGAACAUUGCUCCGGUUAGCAGCAAGGCAGAAUUUAUGAUUGUCUGUGCCGAGCAUUCUUGCAUUUACGAGAUGGAGGAGGUGAUCAAGAAAGACAGAAUAAAGAUCAUUGCACACACCCUUCGAGAUUCCCUUUCUUUUAUUUUUGUCUUUUGCUUGCAAAUUCUUCAAGCAACUGAUGGAAUGUCAUAUACAUGUUUCUCAUCAAAAUCUGAAACUGAUGUGUUGCAGGA